GCGGCGCAGGAGGCAGCGCGGGACGUGCAAGGGCAAGUUCCCCGAGCGGCCUCCCUGCGCGCAGACGGAGCCGGGGCGAGCCAGCGAGCUGCGGGCCGCGAAGCCGGGCGCACGGGGCCGAGGCUGCGGCGGGCGCGGGGUGACCAGCGCGCGUCCUCGGGGCGGCGGGGCGCGCGCACCGGCGGUCGGGGCGCAGGGGGCGCGCGCGCGGCCGGCCGGCGUUCCCGGUCCCCGGCGGCGCUCCCGGCUCCCGGGCCCGGGCCCAUGACGGCGGCGGCGGCCGUGCUGAAGGAGGGCGUGCUGGAGAAGCGCAGCGGCGGCCUCCUGCAGCUCUGGAAGCGCAAGCGCUGCGUGCUCACCGAGCGCGGGCUGCAGCUCUUCGAGGCCAAGGGCGCGGGCGGCCGGCCCAAGGAGCUCAGCUUCGCGCGCAUCAAGGCGGUGGAGUGCGUGGAGAGCACGGGGCGCCACAUCUACUUCACGCUGGUGACCGAGGGCGGCGGCGAGAUCGACUUCCGCUGCCCCCUGGAGGACCCCGGCUGGAACGCGCAGAUCACCCUGGGCCUGGUCAAGUUCAAGAACCAGCAGGCCAUCCAGACGGUGCGCGCCCGGCAGAGCCUGGGCGCCGGGACCCUCGUGUCCUAAACCGCCGGGCGUGCGCGCUGUGGUGCCUCCCCACCUCCCACCGACUCGGGGCCGCCGGAGUCACAUGGGCGUCCGGGCCCCUUGGGUGCGCGGGCCAGGCCGCGUCACGGUCACGGUCACGUGCAGGAGGCAUUGGAGCUGAAGGGUCAGGUGGCCGGCCCGGGAGGAGGGCAGAGGCCACGCGGGGCUGAGGAUGAAGAUUCAGCCCCUGGACACUGGGACUCUCAGGACGUCCCCGGCGCGGAGCCUGCUGGCCACGGGCCCGACUCAUGGAUCGCGGGGCCCCGCCAUCUGUCCGGCAGACGGCUGUCCGCCCCGGCUCGGUGCCCGCCCGGAGGAGGAGGGCAGUGCCCCACGGGGCGCCGAGCCUCAGGACACAGGGGCCGGCCUGACCCCCAGCGGGCACCACCUCUGGACUGACCUUGGUGGGGGGAGCCGCUGGGUCUGCCGCCCGCGCGCGGGGGGGUGGGGGGGUCUCCUGCUGCUUAUGUCCCUCUGGGACCCCCACCCCUCCAGGCCCCCUCUUCGCAUACGUCUCCCCCACCUCCUGUCCUUCUACCCCGCCCUGCGGUGCUAGGCCUGGAGGGGCUGGGGGGUGGGGCGGGGGGUGGCCCUUACCAUUUCAUGCCUGUCCGUCCCUGAAUGAAGGCGCCCUGCCCGGGGCAGUGCCCA